AGUCAGUUCGUUCCCAAACCCAGCGGAGGAGUCGAGUGCUUUUGUGUUCCCCUCGUCAGUGCCCUUUCGUCGAGAUCCAAUUUUGACGACCAUUUUAUUUCAGUCAAUUCAGUGAACCUUAAUUUUUAUUGUUUUUUUAUGAACUCAAAAUGAAAGGAAUCAAAUCAGCUCUCGCAGUCCUGGUCGUUGUCUCCGCGACUGCGGACUUUUGGGCUCAAGCUUUGCCGAGACCGCAGCAGAAUGGGGAUCGAACGCUCGCGGAUGGCUUCGUGUUCGAUGGGAUCGCCGACAGACAGGAACCAAGUCGUACUAUUUCAACGAGACCACCCCCAAUAGAACGAACCGCUGCUACAGUCCCAACAACUACUCCCGUCACUGGUGCAUCAGUGACGACAGAAUCGCCUGAAGUCGCUCAGUGCAGGCUACGAUGUCCGAUAACAUCCGAGUACAAUCCAGUGUGUGGAAGUGAUCAACAGGUUUACUCGAAUCCUGGAAAGCUGAGUUGCGCGAGAUUCUGCGGGCUUGACGUGGAUUUCCUAUAUUCGGGCCCCUGCGACUCAGCAAUUCGAGGAUAAACCUGUACCAUUUUCCUUCCAUCGACUUUUUUAUUGCUCGAUAUCGUCGUCGAUGAAUCAUGCAAAAGGAAUGAACCACGCGUUAACUAUCUUUUUGCGGUUCGUUUCGACUGCUUCAAAGAAUUAUCACCGAUUUGUGUUUUCCCUGAGUAACGUAAAAAUAACAUUGAUCAUUGGCCAUUAUGAAAGAAGUUCAAAUUACAAAAUAAAGCAUUUACGAGCUUGUUACAACUGACUAAUUCGGAGCAAGUCAAUGACGAAGAUCAAAAUGAAUUUUUCAUAAACUAAAGGCUUCGUAUCCGUGAAUCAACUCAGGCUUUGCAUGUCGAAUGAAAAUAGAUUUUUUUAUAUCACCCAAACAUACCGAAUACAUUGUACAGCAAAGCACCAUCGCAAUUUGUCUUCGAAAAAUAAAAUAAAAUAAAAUGAACUCAUAUAAUCGAAAAAUGGCAAGAAACGUGACAGACUUGAAGUUUUUAUUAUUAUUAACAAUUACAAAUACGACAUACAAUUAGACAGGUCAUUUGAAUGUACAUUAGGACGGAGUCAUUACUGUAAAAAAAUAUUGAACCAAGUUAUUACUACAAAUAUACACGAGUCGACACAGAAAACUUGGCGUUUACUUUUUUCAUCGCUUUUAAUUCUUAGGAAUCAAAGCUGUUGUCAAUGUUCACAAAAUCAAUAUUCAACAGGACAGAAAUAAAGCGUAAAUUAUCUAA